GGGAAGGGAAAAGCAGCAGUUUUCGUGCGGAGUCCAGUUCGGGCCAACCCAUGUUACUUUAAUCGCUCUGCUCUGGACAUACGGCUGUCAGUACCAACAAACGCACGGUAUCCGAAUCGGCCGGCUGGUUCGCUGUAGAUAUAGGCGCAGGUCGCGCUUACUGUCGCGUGUCCAGCCUGGGUCUCGAGCGCUUGUCAACAGACUGUGGAACGGACCGAAAGCGCGAGCGUUCCGCGCGCUAGGCUCCCAGCGUACGAGAGCGUCUGUCGGAGCGACUCGGGGCUGGAUGUUCUCGGCCUUGUCCUCCCCAGCGGCCCGCCAUGGGGGAGACCAAAAUUAUUUACCACCUCGACGACCAAGAGACUCCUUACCUAGUCAAACUACCCAUUCCAGCAGAAAGGGUUACUCUCGCCGACUUCAAAAAUGUCCUCAAUAAGCCUAAUUAUAAAUUUUUCUUCAAAUCAAUGGACGAUGACUUCGGGGUUGUGAAGGAAGAGAUAUCAGACGAUGAUGCCAAAUUGCCGUGUUUCAAUGGCCGUGUAGUGUCAUGGCUGGUGUCGGCGGAUGGCUCCCAUGGUUCAGAUGGAGGUUCAGCAUGUGCAGACAGCCAGGCAGAACCACCUCCCCCACUGGAGAGGACAGGGGGCAUCGGAGACUCCCGACCACCCUCCUUUCAUGCCAAUGCAGCAGGCAGCCAGGACAACCUGGACAAUGACACGGAUCCAGAGGUGGGGCCCUCCACGCGGAGAGACAGGGAGAGAGAGAAGGAGAGGGAGAGAGAACGAGAGAGAGAGAGACCACGCAGGAAAGACACACACGACCAUGGUGGCAGGUUGAAUGGGCACUCUCGGCCCGAGCACAAGCCUGAGAUGCCGGGCUAUGAGAGCUCCUCCACCCUGAUGAGCAGUGAGCUGGAGACCACCAGCUUCUUCAGCUCUGAGGAGGAGGACCCCGCCAGCCGCUUCAGCAGUUCCACGGAGCAGAGCACGUCGUCGCGGCUCAUGAGGCGACACCGGCGCCGCCGACGGAAACCCAAAGCGGCGCGGAUGGAGAGGUCAUCCUCGUUCAGCAGCGUAACUGACUCCACCAUGUCUCUGAACAUCAUCACCGUCACGUUAAACAUGGAGAAGUAUAACUUUCUGGGCAUCAGUAUCGUGGGCCAGAGUAACGAGAGGGGGGAUGGCGGCAUCUACAUCGGCUCCAUCAUGAAGGGUGGAGCCGUGGCAGCUGACGGACGAAUCGAACCAGGCGACAUGUUGCUGCAGGUAAAUGACAUCAACUUUGAGAACAUGAGCAACGACGAUGCCGUAAGGGUGCUGAGAGAAAUAGUGCACAAACCAGGCCCCAUCACACUGACAGUGGCCAAGUGCUGGGACCCAAAUCCACGCAGCUGCUUCACCCUGCCCCGGAGUGAGCCAAUUCGUCCAAUAGAUCCUGCUGCCUGGGUAUCUCACACUGCAGCUAUGACGGGGGCGUACCCAGUGUACGGUAUGAGCCCUUCCAUGAGCACCAUCACCUCCACCAGCUCCUCCAUCACCAGCUCCAUUCCAGAGACCGAACGGUUCGAGGAGUUCCAUCUGUCCAUUCACAGCGACAUGGCAACCAUCGCCAAAGCAAUGGCUUCACCAGAUUCGGGACUGGAGGUGCGAGACAGAAUGUGGCUGAAGAUCACCAUCCCAAAUGCGUUCAUAGGUUCAGACGUGGUGGAUUGGCUAUAUCACCAUGUGGAAGGUUUUACUGACCGACGAGAAGCACGCAAGUAUGCCAGCAACUUGCUAAAGGCUGGCUACAUCCGUCACACAGUCAACAAAAUCACCUUUUCAGAGCAGUGUUACUAUAUCUUUGGAGACCUCUGUGGCAAUAUGGCUAAUCUCACCUUGCAUGACCACGAUGGUUCUAGCGGGGCAUCUGACCAGGACACUUUGGCACCCCUGCCUCACCCUGGGGCUGCCCCGUGGCCCCUCGCUUUCCCCUACCAGUACCCCGUCCCUCACCCAUACAACCCCCACCCAAUGCAUGAGCCUGGCUACAGCUACACAGCUGGGGGAGGCAGUGCAGGCAGCCCACACAGUGAAGGGAGUCGCAGCAGUGGAUCAAACCGCAGUGGCAAUAAGGCUGGUGCGUUAGAGACAAAGUCAGGUGGCAGUGGUAGUGAAUCAGAGAAAAGAGAAAAGGCGCCAAGUGAGCGCUCAGCAGCGCCUCCUAGUGAGCACAGUGUCCGCAGCACCCACAGCACCCAUUCACAUGGCCAAAGCCUGGCAUAUGGACCGCCUGGCUUGCCGUCCCAGUCGCCUGUAGCAGCUGCUCCAGGCUCCCCACCAGGCAGAGAUCUGGCCUCUGUGCCCCCCGAACUCACAGCCUCACGCCAGUCCUUUCGUAUGGCCAUGGGGAAUCCCAGUGAGUUCUUUGUGGAUGUCAUGUGAUGUGCUUCAUUUAACCCACAGGGCUAAGUCUCACACUCAAGAGGAAGCAGAGGAAUAAGUGGAGAUAUGUCCAGAAAGAGUAACAGUGUCCUUUUCAAGUGACGCCGAGGGGUGUGCUGAUAAUGUGUCUUUCCCUCGCAUGGUCCCUUCUGUGUCCUGUGGUUUGCACUUUCUUCAGUGAAGAAACUGGAAUAGAUGGCGCUCUUGUCCCUGAUGUCCGAUAGAGGCUUGUGGUCUCCACCAGUUAGAAGGGGUUCAGAUGGGAGUAGAACAGGGUUUCCUUGCUCCCACCCUGGGCUCUCGCUGCCCUGUGCAAUCUUAAGCAUUCUCUGCCCCAGCAAACCUAAGCACAUCAGCUAAUUAUCAAGUCCUUCAUGAGCUUCUUGGUAAAACUUGAAAUUAUAAGUCAGUGGGUCUCCAGGACGGCAACUAUGAACCCCUGAAGAAGAAGAGUGGGUUCAGAACUUGGUGAAAGCUUGUUUGGUGUCUUUUUUAUGUACUUUCCUGCAUUUCUGACUUUUUCUUCUCAGCAGUUUCUUAACCUCAAUCAAAAGGCCUUUUUAUCAAUCACUUCUGAAAGUGGAGGAGUAGCAACCAAGGAGAAGGAGGACAGUAAGGAUCAUCUAGAAGGAAGAUUGAGGUUGUACCUCUCCCUGUAACUUGUCUUUUGCUUUGAAAGUAUAAAGUCAUUCAUAAUGAUUAAAAUGAAAAGAAAUGCUAUCAUAUGAAACUAUAGACAACUGUUUUAUAUUUGUCUUUUUGUUUUACUUUCUCUGUCAGUAAUCAUAUGGAGAGUGAGAGAGUUUUUAAAAAGCCUACAGGUUGACUUCACCAAAUUCCUAGUGAUUGUUUUGGUUAGAGGGUUGCUGGAUGAAAGACUGUCCAUUCAAGACCAUAAUAAAUAAAGCUUUCAGUUAACAUGAAAAGCAUAAUUCCUAUCUGGUGCUAAACACCAUCACUUUUAGAUGUAAAACCUAAAAGAUCUUUCUGCAGUAUGAGUUAUUGGGUGUGCUCUAACUCAGCCAAACAUUACUGUGAGGUUUAAUUUAACAAAGAAGGGGUCAUAGUUAAUACAGAUAUAUGUGACAAUUGACUGAAUGAAGCACACCUAUAAUCUCUCUCUCACUCUUCCCAGAGCAAUCUGCCACUUAAAAUAUUUCUCAUUUUUUAUCAAUAACAUUAACAUUCUAUUUUUUUUACAGUCUGUUUGUUUCUAUUUCUGUACACUCAUUUUUUUUCAAAAUACAUUUAUUGCAAGCUUUUGAUGAUUAGAAACUGAUACUGUAUAGUAUCAGUUGGUUCAGUAAUCGCUGUACACUGUUUUAUGACAAAACAAAUUGUUUUUUAUUUAUAAACAUAGUUUUAUUGGCUAACCAUUGCCUGCUUUGAUUUCUUGCACAUGUCAUCUGUCGUUUCAACAAUUAAAUUUCAAGUAUGGCUGGAAUAGAAAAAAAACUUAUUACCCCUAACCAUUACGACCACCUAACAGAACCACAUUUACAUCUGUCACACUUUGUUAAAGGCAAACGCUUUUUGUUGUACCAUCUUGAGGUUUCUGUUAUCUGAUAAUGUUUUGGUCACAUGGUAUUAUCUACUCAGCGCUAACUGCUUUUAAACACUUUGUACUAUGACCUCAAAGGAAUUAAAUAUUUUUUGUCUAUA